CGCAGUGCUGCAACAUGACCCUAACAUGCUUUUUCGACCAACCGACGAUGAAAAGAUGACUGCUCGACCACUGAGUAAGGAAGAGAACGAGAUCAUGCCACAAGAAUUGGCUGCUAUCAAACUCGCGGAAGAGGGUAAGCUCGAAGAAGCGUAUGCCGCACUCACCCAAGUUCUGGUGAAGGUGCCUACGUAUGCAUCGGCACACAACAACCGCGCACAAGUCUUGCGGCUGCUGAAGAAAGACGACGAGGCUUUGGAGGACUUGACGAAGGCGAUUGAAUUGUCAGAGGGAAAGGGGAAGGUGGCCGAGAAUGCUUACUUCCAAAGAGCGGCUCUCUAUAAAUUUCGCAGGGACGAGGAUAAAGCGCGUGACGAUUUCCAGAAGGCAGCCGAUCUGGGGAACAUCCAGGCCAAAGAGGAACUUGUAGCACUCAACCCGUACGCACGGAUGUGCAAUCAAAUGCUGGCAGAGGUUAUGAACGACUUGGGGUCUCUAGAAGAGUCUAAGAAGGCUUCAGCGCCUUCCUCUGCCGAAACCAAGUAAUAGUGUACGCCACUCUCUGGGAAGCAUGUACACAAUAAUGCAAGUGUAACGGUGUGUGUAUAUGUUCAUAAGGCUAAGUUGUUGGACACACACUAGCUGUGUGCAGCAACACGCUCGUUUGGGGUUCUGUCGCGUGUAUAGUGCACGCUGAGGGGAUUUAUACAAGAUCAGAUUCGAAAUCGGGUGAGAGUUCUCGCACAAACUAGAGGACACAGAACAAUCGGAUAGAGAGGUGCUUACCAACAAUUGUUUAAGAAAACGAACUUGCUUCUGCAGGGUGCGUGGAUUUGUGCAUGGGGUACAGGAUACCUCAAAUACAUAGAUAAUAUUAGAUGACGAACAUACGUUAAUAGGAAAUAAAGCUGUGCUUCUGUAUUGACUCGCAGUGUACGCUAAAAUGUGGAUUGAGGGUAAGUGUACAUUGAUAAUGUUAGAUGACGAACAUACGUAAAUAGGAAAUAAAGCUGUUCUUCUG